AUGGCUUCCCGCGAUUCACCUGGUUCCCCUCUUUCCUCUGUCGGUACUGCAGAUGACUCGGAUCACGAGUCCGUCAAGCAGGAAAGCCGCGCUCAAUCACCAUCAGCAUCUAAUAUGCCUCCCUCGAAACGGCGCCGAACAGGGGGAGUAGCCUCAUGGGACAGGAACACACCUCUUUCUUCCAUUCAAGAUGAUGCGCCCCCUCCACCCUCGCCUACAGCUUCUAUCUCCUCCGAUAGCUCCGGCGACAUACCGAACUCUCCUAGUCUCAUGGGCCUCCUUGGUCACAACCAGGAUGAUGAUUAUAGCGGACAAAGCGGCGAUCAAGUUACCAUAUGCCGAUGGGAGGGAUGUGUGGUUGGUGACCUCGGCAACAUGGAUGGCUUGGUGCAGCAUCUCCACCAAGAGCACAUCGGGAGCCGACAGAAGCGAUACUCGUGCGAGUGGACCGACUGCACUCGCAAGGGCCAAACGCACGCCAGUGCUUAUGCACUUCGCGCCCAUAUGAGAAGCCAUACUCGAGAAAAGCCAUUCUACUGCACUCUACCUGAAUGUGACCGCAACUUCACCCGCUCCGACGCCCUUACAAAACACAUGCGCUCCGUCCACGAAAUCGACUCCCUCCGCCAAGUAGAAUCAAAAUCAAACGCCGGCGGUGCCCCCAGCACACCCGCCUCCAAGCUGCAGCGCAUCAGACUCAAGCUCUCCCACCCACCCAAGGACCCCGGCGCCGAAGGCGAACAGCCCCACGACCACAUAAUUUCCAUGAACGCUGCGCCCCCAACAGACACCGACGCAGAAGAUAUGAUGUUACCCGAAUUCGUACCCGAACUCGGCUUCGAUGACUCGGAGCUCGACAUGCCGCCCCACGACCUGUACAGAUUGUUGCGCCGGCAGAUCUACUGGGCCGAGAACGAGGGCACGCAGUUGCGCAAGCAGUGGGAUGAGAUCCGACCACUGCGUGAACGCGCCUGGCUCGAGAAAGAGGCUAUUCUUGAUGACCUUAUUGAUGCGGAAUUGAGGCUUUUCAGUGCCAUUGUUGGUGCUUCCGAGGCCGUGGUUCCGAUUGCACCGGGACCUAACCCGUCGACUAGCCUUGAGAAGCUCCAGGUGCAGCAGCAGCACUUUGCGCAACAGCAGGAGCAGAUGAGGGCCAAGUCGGCGGAAUUGGAAGCCGACAUGGAGAUGGAGGUUGAAGGAGAGGCAGAGGCGGAGGCGGAAGAGGCUAGUGUUGCUGCUUGA